GAGAGAGGAAGAGGGAGAGAGAGAGAGAGAAAGAGAGAGGGAGGGAGAGUGUGCGACCAAAAACGAUUUCUCUCCCACACACAGUGAGACAGAUCUCGCUCUCCUGCGGUGGAGUGCUGGUGGCUCUUCUGGAUUCUCUGUUUGCUCUCUUCCACUGGGAGAAGGUUAUUUGUGGCAAAAGCUGGUGCAUCUGGUGGGCGUUCCUCUGAAAUUCAGACAUCAUGUGAGCAGUGGUCCGUGACGACAUUAGAGGGGCAGAAUGCUGCUUCUGCGUGGGACUUUUGUGGUCUUCUCUCUCUUCGGCUCUGUCCAUGGGUUUUUCAGCGUGUUUGGGCCAAACCCGACGACCCAAACCAAGGCAGACUCCAAAGUAUGGGGCAUGUCCUACAUUGAAAAUUUGAAACCUAAAAUUCCAUCGUUUGGUUUUGGAUCAUGGAGUAUCUUUGGUGAGACUAAAGGGUCUGCUACGACAAAGGUGAGCACGACUUUCCCAGAAGCAACCACGCAAGACUAUACUCUGUCAUCAGAGGACUUAAGUUCAAAAUACCAGCCGACCACAACAACGUUUGGGGAACUUCAAAGCAGCACUGUCCAGAUAGGUACCGUGCUGCCUUUAAAAUCAGCAAAACUGCCAAUAAUUGACUUACUCAGGAACAAACAGCAAUUAGACAGACCAGAACCUUUUAAACUCGAUCCAAGCUAUGAUCUCGACCACUGGCCGCCGAAUAAUGGCCAAGGCACAGCGAAAACGCCACAAACGACGACAUCUCAAAUAUCUAAACCAGAAACACAAACAUACACAGUAUCCACUGCCCAGAGUACCAGCACCACGUAUGCUACAACACUAAGACUGGUUACGGAGCCCAUGAACACCUACAGUGACCAAACUGUAUCCAUAGACACUCCAUCAACAACGUCAGAACUAACAACACAAACAUACACUGUAUCCAUUGCUCUGAAUACCAGCACCACGCAAACUACAACACCGAGACUGAAACCCUUAAACCCUUACAGUGACCAAACCGUACUGGUAGACACUCAGGCAACGACAUCAGAACAAACGAUAGCUUCAUUUCCAACCACGCAUUUUGUCACACCAGCAGGCCCCAUGCUAGAAGUAUCUACUGAGCCUUUAACCACUGCCAGCACUGGACAAAACACAUUGGGGACAGCAAAACCAGAAUGGACGCCUUUCAAAACCACAGACAAGGCGCUGGAUGGAUUUGCAUGGAUAGAGCAGACCACAGGCCCAACAGAAGGGGGAAGAGUGCAAAGUUUUGGCUCAGAUCCUACUCCCACCCUACCAGCAGGAGGGAGAGAGGAGGAGGAGGGGUGGAAGAGAACGAGACUGGAAGAUGAAGCAGGAUUUACAUGGGAGCAAGGCGAUAAGAAAAGGGGGAAGAGCGCUGAUCUGACAACACAAGAGCGACACGACGAGCCGACAACAUCAGCUAGUGCGACAACUCUCAGGAACACAGAAAUGCCCACCACAUCUGAGGACUGGCUGCCCGACCUUACCCAAGAAUCUGCACUUCCUGACUGCAAUGCGGAACGUUCGGGAAUCUGCAGUUCAAGUGACACUUGGCCCACCACCACUGUCCUGAGCAACAGCAGCAAAAAUGACAGCACAACCACCCUCUCCACCAACCUCUCUCAAAGUCCCAACCCAUUUUCAGCCCCACCCAUGUUUGUGGCACUAUAUUCCGAUUGGAACAGUGCACUGGCGACAUGGGGUUCAGCAUGGGAAGCGCACAUAUACGGACUGGGCACUGUGUUCUGUCUAGUCGCUUUGGCCUCCACCCUGAACCUCCUGUGCCUGCCCUUACAGUACCCGUCAGGCUGUGGCUACUUCGCUCUGGUUAGUCUCUGCCUGGUGGCCGCUGGAUGCACUAGGGCCUUUGCCCUAGUGUAUGAUGCGUACGGAUACCAGGACCGCAUGGCAUCCACAGAGGCUUCACUGGUACUUUACGAGGCACCGUUUCCCUGCAUGACUGCCGCCUUUGGCCUAGUAUUCUUGCUCCUAUCAAUGCGCUCACGCAUGCAACUGUCCUAUUCCGCCUUUCAGAGACCUUGCUUCCUUGCCUGCUUGGUGCUUCUGCACUUUGCUGCUGCCUUUGGCCCUGUUGCAUUACUCCAUGUUGACCAGCAAGUCUAUCUGUUUCUGUCCUUGAUCUCUAGAGGUGCCUUUGUGGCUCUGGCAACUUUCCUAUCAGCUGCAUAUUUUGUGUUCUACUGCUACGUUCGUGCUGAUUCCAAGCAUAUUUAUCAUUUGAACAACACAUCACCAACACCAGCCGAACGCUACAACCGUUGCCCGUUUGCUGAGAGCAGAGAUUGGGACCGGGCAGCAGCCGCAGUGCUACUCUGUGCAGUCUUCUCUCUGGCUUGUGCAGGGUUGCAACUCUAUGCCAUGCUGCAUGCGCUCGGAAUUGCUGGAAGCGCGGAGUCCUUUCGGCCUUGGCCUUGGUGGACUUUCCAGUUCAGUUGCCGAGUUUGCGAAGCUGUGGUUUGCCUCACACUGGUUCUGGUAGUUGCUCAACCAGUUUACUGUUCUGAUCACCUUCCCCAGCCAGGGAGUUGCUGGACAGAACUCCUUGCAGCAAAGUCACCUAUCAUUCCUGGGAGCUACCAGUGGACUCUGUCUCACCAGGAGAAGCUGGCUAUCUGUGAUCCAAUUGGGCAUGGAGAGACAGAGUGCCUACCCUUGUACACGCUGGUGGAUGACCGUCUCGGCAGCUUGAAUGGCCUUGACCUUUUAUACCACAGCAACCGGGCAUUGGCCUAUCGUGACCUUGACCUGGACUUGCCUAAUACUCAACCCAACACUGGUGCCCCUUCUGUGGGUUCGUCCUGUACCAGUGACUCCACAGCGGACCUGCGCCCUCCUUCGCCCAUAAAUCUGCGUCGAAGCAUUGAUGAAGCACUGUUUAGCGAAUCUCUAUUUCCUAUGAGUCUCUUCAGCCCCUUACGACCCUUCACCUCUAGUGACCGCUCCCUGAAUGGUAGAGAGACCAACUCCUGCAGUGCCCAAACCCUGAGAGACAACCUUACUCCUGAUCCAGGCCUAUACCGAACAUCUUCAUGCGUGGAAGUGCUACCCCAAGUUCCCCCUUCUUCUCAAGCCCAACCAGAGGGUCCGUCAUUAGGUUUUCCUCCAUCCCCAUCUCCCUCACUGUCGUCAUCUACUUGCUGCUCAUCUCCUGAGCGCUGGAGAGGCAGCUCCAGCUCCUGCUCUCUCUACAGACAGUCUCUGGGUGGCUCUUCUUUGGUUUUGUGUUCUAGUCCGGAAGGACAACAUCCACCACCUUCUACCCUCAGUGGGGGUUCCAGCCACACUGCCAGCUCUGGCCACCAAAGGGGAAGCUUACAGAGACCCUACAGAACAUUAAAGUCAGAAGAGAGUAUGGACCAGCAGUCAGAGUUUGACCAAUCUGUCCAAGAAGAAUUUAUCAGUGUGUGCAGACAAAUUGAUGCUUUGAGCAUCUGCAGUGAGACUAUUGACCUCUAGAGGGAGACCUCUACUUUCAGACAGAACAAAAUGAUGUAACAUGAAGAAACCAAAAUAGUUUCAGAGAUAUGAUGAGCAGGUGAUGGACAGAUCAGGUGAUUUGGUGAGUUUGUUUGCCAGGGUGUCAAAACACAUUUGCUUUGGUAAAUGUUUUGUGGACUAGAACUGUGCCAAAUGUUUAAUUUUGUAAGGCUUUGUUGGUUUUUGUCAGGUAAGUUCUCCAAAGAGAUGGAUUCUGAAGUCAAUAUCCUUGUAAAGGUUUAAGAAGUGCCACCAAUCGCCAGAAGCUUAGGCAGAUUUUGUACAAAAGUUCUUCGAUGAUUGAUACAUUUGUAAUUGUAAAACAUUUCAAAAUUUCUCUAUAAUGCUAACAGUGAUGUUUGUAUGAAUUUGUACAAAAUCCCUUUUUGGUCUAUACGAUUAAUACUGUGAGAGUGCGAACUACUGAUAACCAUGCUGUUAAACAAAUACUAGGCAAUCUAGCAGAAAAUAGUUUCAAAUGAAAUACAGUAUAACCUGCCAAUCCAAUUUUUGAAACCUUUAGAAAAGUUAAUUGUCAAGUCCCUGCUGUUUUUGCAACAAUGCAUUUUGUUGAAGGGCCUAACAGUUUUAUCAACUAAGAAAGAGAAAACAUCUCUUAAGACAAGAGAGAA